CAAAAAGGAAGACGAGAAGACCAACGAGCAAAGCACUUUUGCAACUUCACGACCGGGCCGUCAUGGCGGCUGGACUUUCGCGGCCCUUUCUCUAGGUUGAAGUUCCUUUGCCAGGUCGCCGGAAACCGGGCACUUUAAAGCCUCACCGGCGGUGACGUUACCAGGCUAGCCUGGCGCUUUGCUGGACGGCAAUCAGAGAGACUCGAUCAGCUAGGGCCUCUCAAUGCCUCAAUCAUCAAUGUCAAUGUCAUUGGCAGGGGCCUCCUGAUUCCGCACGCGAAGUCAGCUCAAUGGCUUCCAAACCCUAAUUCCUGAGGAUGCAGGUGCAGAACGGCCUCUCGCAAACCAAAGAGGCCCGAUUGUAAGGAAACCCAUGAACAUUAGCUGCUUCUCGUAUCAGCUAACCUACGCUUCUUUGGGUUUGUUUUUGCUCCUUUUGACAUGCAUUGAUGCAGCUCAGGUACGGCCGUCUGAGGCGGCGGAAUGGCUGGGGGUCAGCAACCACACCAACAAUUGGGCAGUGCUCGUGGACACGUCACGGUACUGGUUCAACUACCGGCACAUUGCCAACACGCUGUCGUUGUAUCGCACGGUGAAGCGGCUGGGCAUCCCCGACGACCACAUCAUCCUUAUGCUCGCGGACGAUAUGGCGUGCAACCCGCGCAAUACGUAUGCGGCCGAGGUGUUCAACAAUGAGGACCACCGCCUGAACCUGUACGGGGAACACAUUGAGGUCGACUACCGUGGGUACGAGGUGACCGUCGAGAACUUCCUGCGCGUGCUGACGGGGCGGCACGACCCCGCCGUCCCGCGCUCGAAGCGGCUCCUCACGGACGGCGGCAGCAACGUGCUGGUGUAUCUCACGGGGCACGGCGGCGACGAGUUCCUCAAGUUCCAGGAUAAGGAACAAGUGCAGGCGCACGACCUCGCAGAUGCGCUGCAGCAAAUGCACCAGAAGCAAAGGUACAAUGAGAUGCUGAUCAUCGCGGACACAUGUCAGGCGUUCACGCUCUUCAACCAGCUGUACAGCCCCAACGUCGUGGCGAUCGGCAGCAGUCUGAAGGACGAGAGCUCGUAUUCACACCACAUCGACACACGCGUCGGCGUGGCCGUCAUCGACCGCUUCACGUACGAGCUGCUCGCCUUCAUGGAGGGCCUCGCCACCGCCAGCACCGCAACCCUGCGCGCGCUUUUCGACGUGUUCCGGUUUGAGAGUCUGGGAUCGCAUGUGGACAAGCGAACCGACCUUCUCCGGCGACCGUUUAAUUCUGUGCUAGUGACGGAUUUCUUCGGUUCGGUUACAAGCGUUUACCAAACAGAAGAAGUGUAUGUCCUAUAACUCAUUUCUGCAUAACACUCUGGGCAUAUUCUCUGGUCUUCUGCAAUUGCAAGACGUGAUGUAUCUGUUGGUCCACUAUUCCGCAUCCUGCAGUUUUCAUCCCAUGCAACCCUUUCUAGAUUCUGAUCCUCGCAUGGUAAGUGCGGCUAAUCAGGCCUAGCCAGACUCAUUCGCC